GGGUCGCUGCGGGUGCCGGCGGCGGUGUCGGUGCUGGCCAUGGGGCGGUACUCGGGCAAGACGUGCCGCCUCAUCUUCAUGCUGGUGCUCACCGCCGGCUUCUUCGUGGCCGAGCUGGUGUCGGGCUACCUGGGCAACUCCAUCGCGCUGGUGUCCGACUCCUUCAACAUGCUGUCCGACCUCAUCUCGCUCUGCGUCGGGCUCUCCACCGGCCGCAUCGCCCGCCGCAGCCGCCGCGGGCCCCGCGCCACCUACGGCUACAGCCGCGCCGAGGCGGUGGGCGCCCUCAGCAACGCCGUCUUCCUCACCGCCCUCUGCUUCACCAUCUGCGUGGAGGCCCUGCUGCGCCUGGCCCGGCCCGAGCGCAUCGACGACGCCGAGCUGGUGCUCAUCGUCGGCGCCCUGGGCCUGGCCGUCAACCUGGUGGGGCUGCUGGUCUUCCAGGACUGGGCCGCCUGCUGCCGCCGCCGCCGCACCCCGGCCCCGCCGCCCGCUGCCGCCGCCGCCCCGACGGGGGGGGCGCCCGAGCCGCGGGACGACGCCGACCGAGCAGGUGAAUCCCCAAACGACCAAAAAAGCCCUGAAGAGGGGUCUGAGAGGAAAGUAGAGAAAAAGUCCGAAGCCUUGAACAUCAGAGGUGUUCUGUUGCACGUUAUGGGAGAUGCACUUGGGUCUGUGGUUGUGGUAGUUGCUGCUACAAUCUUCCAUGUACUUCCUCUGGGGCCUAAUGCUCCUUGUAACUGGCAGUGCUACAUCGAUCCGAGCCUGACAAUAAUUAUGGUGGUCAUCAUCUUGUCUUCUGCAUUCCCACUCAUCAAAGAGACCUCAAUUAUUUUGUUGCAGAUGGUUCCCAAAGGUGUUAAUAUGCAACUACUGACUGACAGACUAGCUCGUGUACCAGGGGUUAGCAGCCUUCAUGAGGUGCAUGUAUGGGAGCUUGCAGGUGGCAAGAAUAUUGCUACUCUUCAUAUCAAGUGCCAAACCCCUACUGAUUACCAAGAUGCUGCUUAUAAAAUAAGAAAGGUUUUCCAUGAAGCAGGGAUCCAUUCUGUGACCAUCCAACCUGAGUACAUUGACCACAAGACCUCCCACCUCCUGUGCAGCUCGCCCUGCAUCUCAAAAGCUUGUGACUCUCAGCUCUGCUGCAGUCAGCAGGAGGCACCGCUGGCUAAAAGUAAUGGCUAUACUGAGAAAAACGAUAGCUGCCUUUCUGCACUGCAUAAAGACAAUGGUUCAAGUAAAAGUGAUAUUGAAAUCCCUAUUGAGUGUGCACUGACAGAGAAUAGUGUUAACGACGAGAAAAAUUGUGAAGUGUCUGACAAGUCGCAGUUGAGCAGUACGCGAUUUUAAACAAUUUGGUCUACUCUGUAAAAUUUUUUCAUAGAACAAAGGUGUCCAGGCAGGAAAGCGGGUCAUCAGUGGUUGUAGCUGAAGUUAACGUGGCAAAAAGAUUUCUGUGCUUUAGCUGUAAACCAAAAUACACCUAAAAAAAGCUUGUAUCUGAAAUAAGGGUUAAUAUUUCCAUGAAAAGUGUGCAUUCAUCUAAGAGUUUUCCCAUACAGCCUAACACAGUUCCUUACCAAACCAUGUGUGAAUUCCUGUUGUUAGAGUGGAUGAGGUGUAUUGCUGUCCACCCUGAUGCUUGCAGUGUAUGACCAGUGCCACUGGGAAUGAAACUCUUGCCUUUCUGUCAAAGUGAGCUGUUUCCUGAGAGCCCUGUAGCGAGUUAAUGAUUGUACUGGGCUGAAGUACUGUAUAUUUAUAAAGGACUUAAGUAGAGAUGUUUUACUGAUCCUCAAAACCCACUUUGCAUAGACAGUUCAUUUUUAGCAGUAACUGUUGUGCUUCAGAAGUUUGUGAAUGAAAAUAAUGGUGUCUGAUUGGAGGGGAAGCACUUGGAAAGGGUUGGCUUGCAUUGUUUUCGUGACCCCUGUAUUUGGGGACAGAGCAGAAUCUGGUCUUGCUUCUCUGCUAGAACUGCUGGAGCCAGCCUAAUCACAGAUGAAGGAUGCUAAAGAAUAUGCUCUGUGUCAUGAAACUAAGGAAUUACUAGCAUUGUCUCUACUGAUUUUGGCAAGCAAAAAUGCAAGUAGUCACCAAUUAACUUUUAUCUUGUUCAUUGUUGUGAUUAAACAACUCAGUUCUUACCCCUUGCCUCUACCCCCCCAACCUCCCAAGCAACAGAAGUUAUACUAGCCACAGUCUUAUUCACUGUUGUGUGGAAUGAUUGCAGUAUCUUUAACACUGAGCAUCUGUCCUUAUUCAAGCUGAAUAAAUAAGCUAAUGUGUCUAUUAUGAAUAGUUAAAAUUCUGCAAUGCUAUUAUUAAGAGACAACUUAAUAUUGAGAAAUUCCAUUAGAAGUUUUUUAAAACAGUGUUAUAACUUAGAGGGAGCUUUUGUAUAAUAUCUAUAUCUAUAUCUAUAUAUAUAUAUAAAUACUGGGAGAUUUUCCUAUUUUAAUCUCAAUUAUUUCUUGUUGAUUUAUUGUAAAAGUCUAUGCCCUCCCCUCUGCCCUGCUUCUCCUCCCCAAACCCAAAGGUGCAUUUUGAAGUAUUUAGUGAAGCAUUUCCAUUCUCCUUUUUGCUGCUGCUUCUUUUUGAAGACAUGCAAGGGUGCUUUAAGGAAAACAAGAUGACUUGCCCUGUCAGCAGUGCUGGAUUUUGGUCGGGUCUGCUCUCCGGGUUUUUGGAAGAGGGAACCCACUACCUAAUACACACUGAGGGCAGUGCUUAGCCUCACUGUGGAUCUGAUCCAGAAGCUUUCAAAUGCAUUUUUUUUCAAAAGUAGCUUUUCAGUGCUCCAUGUGGCCUGGACAGGCUAUUUAGUUAGCAGUUCACAGAGACACCUUUAAAAAAUAGUGGUGUCUUUACCUCAGGGACAGCUUAGUGGAAAGGGCAAAUUGAUUUCCUGCUGGGCUGGGAAAAUACCAAGACCUGGUAGGACCGCGACUGGCUCUAAAGCAGCCAGCUCCUUAAUAAGGAUGGUUACGUUAAAGUCAAUGAAUAUUAAAACACACAGCAGGGUAUUUUGCUGCUUGGAAAAUUAUAUUUACUGGACCAGUGAUUGCAGUCUAAAUUGCACACCUCUAGGUUUGUACCUACCCCUUUUGAACCAAUUCUUGGGUGAAUUAAUGUAUUUUAUAGCCUUUCAAGGUGGGUUUGUAUUAUAUAAAUUAAACUAUUUGUUAAUAACAUUAAAAGCUUAAUCCUCCAGUGUGUUUGGUCCUGUUAGCAGCAGCAGGAUUUUGCUUUGCGUUUGUUGCACAAAUUAAUGUAAAUCAGGAAACAUUUCAAGAACUGCUCUGUCCUUUUAAAGCGUGUGGCAUGAAGUAAGACAGCUCAUGCUUCUGUUCUUUUUGUACUUAUUUUCAUCUAUUAUGAUGUUUAAAUGGAGGAGUGUAAAUCUAAAUAACAAAUAUAUUUAUAGGUUCACUUGUUUUCUGAGAAGUGGAGUAGAAUUCUCCCAAAAUAACAACAAAGUCUGUGCGGGAACUUACCUCCAAGAUAUCCUCUAAAACAAGCACCCUUUCAUAAAUUAUGCAUUUGUGUCUUAAAUCAGGUAAUCUUUUUAUAUACACAUUUUACUAAAUGGUUGAAAGAUGGAGUGUCAGUAUUGUUUUACCCUGGAAUUAGAGAAAAAGAGUAUGUGUAAUAUUGGGGUAUUUGAUAAAAUGGACUAUCAUCUUUUUCUCUAUCCUUCCAGUGUUUGUAAAAACAGUAGUUAUCUAUUUUUUUAAGUUUUUAAAAGUGGUGUAACCUGAAAACACAUUGAAGUAACAUUCUUGAACUUUCUUGUCUGGUUGAAUGUACUGUAAUUGUUGUCUGUGAAUAAAUAGGAAAAUACCAGGGAAUAUAGAAAUCUUCAGGCCUAGAAAACAGGCAAAGUUAAAAGAUGCUUUAUUAGCAAGCAAAACCAGCAGAGCUAUGUUACUGAUGAGACGAACCUUGCAUUUUCUGUGUAGGGGCUUUCAGGGUACCCAGAUAGGGUUUUUGACUGAGUAUCCUUGCCUGUCUUUGAGCCCUGCAACAGAAUAUUUUUCUUCUGUUUUAAAUGUGUGACAACUAGCUCUGCUGGGUGGUCCCUUUCUACUUUCAUAGAAGACAUCAUUCCAAUAAGUGUCUAUCUUGUGUUGGCUAAUUUCCCUUAAGUUGUUAGCACCUCUUCCAAUUCUCUUGAAGUACGUUUACCUCAUUUUGAAAUACAGUACACUUCAGUAUUUGCACUUAUCUAUGGCACUUGUUCUAAAUUCAGUCUUGGAGCACAUUGCAUUGUCAUAAAUUCUCCUUUCUGGCCUCUUUAACUUAACCGCUUUUUUUUCCCCUCCAAUUCAAUAAUGUAAAGUUUCUGACUGUUGCAAGUUGAUUGUGCUACCCUGUCCCCUUCAAGUACCCCCUUCUGAGUUCACCAUUCCUGCAGUCAGAUUCUCUUGCAGUGAUUCCCCCCCAAGUCCUUUAGCAAAGGAAAUGUGCUUAAAACACAGGUAAUUUUUCAAACAGCUGGCCAGUUUAUGUGUCCCCCAGAUCCACAACCUGCCAUACAUGUGACUUAACUGUAUGGCAACAAAACGUGCUAGCCUUGGCAGAUAGUUCUGGAACAAGAGUUAAAUCUGGAAUAAAUUAACAUGUAUGCAUACAUGACAUGGUAUGCAAAAGCAAUUUACUGGCCUUCAUCAGUUGUGGGCCUUGUUUAAAGUGAAUUCAAACUUUUGUCACCUUGUCAUAUGUUCUUUAACCAAAUGUGUAAAUUCAAUUGUUAAUUCUUUCUUCAGUAACAAAGCGCAGAUCUUGCCUUUGCUCUUCUGUGUAAAAAAAAAAAAUAUAACUUAGGCCUUUUAAAAGCAGUAUUGUCUUUGUUUUGCCAAGUUUUCAGUUGAUUUCCUUGUGUCCUUUGAGAUACUUAUUUUGAUUUGUAGUGCAGCCAUUUUUUCCUUCCUCCUAAUGUUCUUCUUAUUUGUUUUUUUCAAUAAAAGCAGAUCAAUUUUGUUCUCCUUCUGGUCAUGGAUAUGUACCUGUAACACAAUUUACAAACACCUCUUUUAUGUACUGGCUUUUUUUUUUUUUUCACUCCAUUUUUAUUCAAGUCCCCCUGUCUGUUCUUGCUGUGUGAUGUACUUCACCAUUGCAAACCAAUUGUUUUACCUUGUUCAGUUCUUCCCACACUUUCCCCCCUUCCCUCUAUUAUAAUGCUUACCUUCCUGAAUGCUCCCUUUUAUUCUGAGGCCAAGGUCUGUGGAUAGGAUUAUUUAAUGUCCUUUCUUCAGCAUAGAAGUGUUGUCUAAGUAGAUUGGGACUUUAAAUAUAUAAAUUAAAUAUAUAAAUAUAUAAAUUCCACUGCACUCCCCCUGAACCACCUUUUAGAGAAAGUUGGUUUCUAAACCUCAGAAGGUAUAAUGAAAUCGGGGGGGGGGGGUCAGUAGUCAUUCCUUAACACCUUAAGGGAAAGCUUGGAUCACUUGUUAGAAAGCAGGUAAAAGGGAUGUUUCUGGAAAAGUAAUCCAAAUGCUAUGAAGAUUUCUAUAGGUUUUAGUAUUUACUCUGCUGUACAGUGGAAGCACUUUGUGUUAAAUACUUUAUUUAAACAGUGACACCUUGAUGUGAGGAUGUCACUCUAUGAAGUUGUUACAUUUAUGGAGUUAUGUUGCUUAAAACUUCCUCCAGCUUUUCUGUUCACAAUGUGAUUUAAAUAAUGUGCCAAAAUGGAAUUUCCACGAUUGCUGAAUCAAUGAAUUGUAAAUCUCACUGUGGUUUUAUUAACUGUUAGUGCAAAACUGAAUUUUAUGUACAGUUUUACUUUUUUUUUUUUUUUCAAAAUAAAGUUUGAAUGUGUU